AUGCCCACAGAAUGGAGACACUUUUCUUGAUUAUGGCUCUUCAUGUGUCAGUAUUCACAGUUUUGGCACUACCUCAAGCUAAAAAUUUGGCAUUGUAUGGAAGGGCCACACAAUCAGACCUAAUUGAAAACCCAUGGUCAGGGUACAGUGAUGCCCACAAUGCCAUAGAUGGAAAUCGUGACCCACAUUUUCAUCAUGGAUCUUGCACCGCCACUGAUCCAGAAACGAAUCCCUGGUGGAGGGUUGAUCUUUUGAGCCCGUACAUAAUCACUUCAGUCGUCAUCACCAACAGAGGAGACUGCUGCCCUGAAAGACUCAAUGGAGCUCAGAUUCGUAUUGGCAAUUCCCUGCUGGACAAUGGCAAUAACAAUUCACUGGAAGCGGUCAUAACCUCCAUCCCAGCUGGCAAAUCCCACACCUUCAAAUGGGAUAAUAGGGUACAGGGACGCUAUCUUAAUGUUUUUCUGCCUGGACACAACAAGCUUUUGACACUUUGUGAGGUUGAAGUGUAUGGAUAUCCAGCUCCAAUUGUUGAGAAUGUGGCUUUAAAAGGGAAAGCAACGCAGUCAGAUCUUUAUGGAUAUGGAUUUGCAAAAAAUGCCAUUGAUGGGAAUCAUCGUGACAACAAUUAUGGUCAGGGUUCCUGUACUCAUACACAAUAUAAUCUCAACCCUUGGUGGAGAGUGGAUUUGCUCCAAAAGUAUGAAGUCUUCUCUGUGAUAAUCACCAGCAGGAAUGCUUACUCCAGUAGGCUGAAUGGGGCUGAAAUACGAAUAGGAAAUAGUUUGGAGCAGAAUGGUAUCAACAACCCCAGGUGUGCAGUGAUCUCCUUUAUUCCUAAUGGGUUGUCAAAGACCUUUGAAUGUCAUGGGAUGGAGGGACGCUAUGUUACCGUGGUGAUUCCUGGACGUGCAGAGUAUCUAACACUCUGUGAAGUGGAGGUGUACGGAUCACCACUAGAGUAAAGUCCAGGACUAAAGUCCAGUGAAACAGCACACAGGAUGGAAAACCUCUCAACACUCUCUCACUCAAAACACAACAAAUGUACUGUAUUGUUGUGGACAAUAAUACCUUUUUUGCAAUGGUAUCUCUUUAGGUUAGGCUGUCAGGAUAUUGUGUGAAUGAUAAGUAUAUAAAGCAAUUUGAACAACUAAUUUUUACAUUGCAUUCUGCAGCUAAAUAAUUAUUAUUUCUACUCUAUUUCAGAAUCUUUCAUUUUGAUCUCUAUUAUCUCCCAUUGUAUUUCAACUUUUCCCAUUACAAAACCACCCUGUUGAUGUGGAGUGACUUUUAAGAUGGUGUUACAAUUAAAACAAAAAUAAAAUGUUUGUAAAUAA